AUAGUUUUAAGGAAGUCGCUGAACUUGACACGGACAACUGGGAAAACAUCCGAGGUCCAAGAGAUACUGAAGAUCUCACCGACUAUAACCUAAUCAAAAAGCAGCAACAAGAAGCUAGUCGCAAAGUUCGAGAGUUGAAAUCUAAUGUCUGAAAACAUCCCCGACAUUGACCCCAACGAGCUCCUUCCAAACGCGCCAGGACAACAUCAGGACCUUGGAGUUGAUAAUCCUCCAGAACCAGAUAACGCUUCAAUCCGAGCAGAGAGAGGUUCACCGACUCCGUCGUCCGUGACAGUCGACAACGCACCCUCCCUGCCGGAUCGGUCAUUCUCGCAUUUACCAAUUAACGAUCCUUUCAGCGGAGAAAUUCCAGAAGUGCCGAUCCCAUCAUCUGCAAUCUCAAUCUCCAGUCAAGCUUUAUCUGAUCCAGUUCCCACACCAUCCGACACUUCAAGACCUGGAAUUCUUCGCAACGACGAGCAAGGUUCGACAUCCAGUCAUCCAGUCGAUCCACAAGAACCUAACGAAGUUAACAACGAGUAUUUGGCGCAUCUUCUCGAUUUAGGAUUCGACGAGUACACUGCAGUUCUUGCGUUGAAAAGAACGAAUAGCGCCGGCGUUGAACAGGCAGUUGCUUGGAUUGUUGAACGUUCCAACGAAAGCGAUUUCGACGAGGAUUCGAGUAGCAGUGAGAACGAAGCAGACGAAGAAAUGGGAGCUGUUCAAUCAGUUGCCGGACGUACCCAUAAAAUGGUUCUUGUCGCCAACAUGAGUUUGAAAAUGGGAACGGGAAAAAUUGCUGCACAAGUUGGCCACGCUACUCUCGGAGUCUACCGUCAAGCUAUGAACUCUGAAAACGGACAAAAUGCGAUCGCCGCGUGGACAAGACAUGGUCAGGUUAAAAUCGUCGUGAAGGGACAGAGCACGGAGCAACUGAUGGAUCUGUGUAAAGUGGCCAAGGAUGCAGGAUGCUAUUACUAUCUAGUUCAAGAUGCUGGUUACACCCAAAUUCCGGCUGGUUCAAGAACUGUUCUUGGUAUUUUUGGAACUGUCGAGCAAGUGGAUUCGGUCACAGGAGGACUCAAAUUGCUCUAGAUUUAAAUUAUUUUUUAUAAUCUGUUUGCGUUCUCGUUUUCUCCCCAUUUAUCUCCCCAUCAGUACAUUGUUUUUAACGAUGGCAACGAUGAAUAAAUGGAAAAGUGGUUUUCACUGUCAAAU